UUUUUACAGGCUCAACAAAUGAAAAUGGAAAAGGAUUAGCUGGACUGUAGUAUAAAUGGCAAUAGAUUUCAGGUCAAUAUUAUUUGUCCUGCAAUGAAUCACAUGAUCAACAAUUAGAUCAAUUAUUGUGAUGAUGUAUGUUGGGGGUGUCGUCAAUCACAAUGUCAAAAUAUUCUAUUAUUGAUCUUCAAUUAGAUCAAUUGUUGUGAAGAUGUUCCUAAUUGAUUAUUUAUUGUCUCAACAAUUAGAUCAAUUAUUGUGAUGAUGUUGGGGGUGCCGUCAAAUAAUAACAGAACAAGAAGCUUGAGAAAAGGAAUAUAUAUUUGUUUUUCUACCAUAUUAUGCAUCAUGUUGUACACUGUGGCUGGCUUGACUAUGAUGGCCAGCCUUGCAGAAAAUUCCAAAACCUUUUCUUGUAUUUAUUUUCUAUGGGUUCCAUACCUUAUAAAUCCACAUUUCGUUAGAAAAAUUACCAAAACAAAAAAGGGGAGACAAAAAAAGAAAAAAGAAAAAAAGAAGAAGAACAGGUGACUAGAGGACUAUGGAGAAAUUUGUUUCAAAUUGGUUUAGUGUUCAAUCCUUGCCGGAAACAUAUGUGUUUCCACCAGACAAAAGACCAGAGAAGCUCAGUGUUCCUCUCUGCAAGACCAUUCCAGUGAUUGAUCUUGGAAAGGUAGUGGAUCAUGAUCGAAGCGAUACAGUUCAACAGAUUUUGAAUGCCAGCCAGGAGUUCGGAUUCUUUCAGGUGAUCAACCAUGGAGUUUCAGAAAAUAUAAUUGAUGAUGCAGUGAGUUUAUUCAAGGAGUUCUUCAAUAUGCAAGAUGAGGACAAGCCAAGUGUCUACUCUGAGGACUGCAGGUUUUUCACGAGCAGUUUGAACUACGCCAAUGAAGAGUUUCACUUAUGGAGAGAUGUCUUGAGACACCCUUGUCAUCCUUUCGAGGAAUGGAUGAAAAUUUGGCCUGAAAAGCCAACUAGAUACAGAGAGGUGGUUAGAACAUAUUCAGCUGAAGUAAGGGAGCUGUCACAAAGGAUUUUGCAGAUGAUUUGUGAAGGAUUAGGACUUCAACCGGGGUACUUCCGGGAUGAACUAACUAAAUCUCAGAAACUGUCAGUUAAUCACUACCCACCACGCCCUGACCCUAGUUUAACUUUAGGAUUACAUAAACAUUGUGAUCCUAAUCUCAUAACCAUUCUACAUCAAGGAGAUGUAUAUGGGCUUCAAGUCUUCAAGGAUGGUCAAUGGAUUGGUAUUGAGCCUCUUCCCAAUGCAUUUGUGGUUAACAUAGGUUACCAAUUACAGGUUAUUAGUAAUGGUAAGCUUAGAAGCGUUGAACAUCGAGCAGUGACAAAUUCGAAAGAAGUUCGGACUUCCAUUACCACCUUCAUCACUCCUUCUGAGGACAGUGUUAUAGAACCUGCAGAAGACCUCGUCAGUGAAUGUAAUCCCCCACUCUAUAGAGCUUUCCAGUAUAAAGAGUUUUUUAGCACCUACACGGCCUGCAAUGGUGACACAGAAACUGCAUUGGAGCCUUAUAAGCUCCGUGUUUAAAGUAAUGGUUAAUGUGUGAUUUGUCACACACAGUUUCAUUUUAACUGGCACUUCGCUGUUUGAUGUAUUGACUAAGUAAAAUGUUACUGAUUCUGGUGGCUGGGACACUGGUUUGAAUUUCAGGAAGAAUGUUUUAGCCAAGCCACCAAGUGUGGAUUCCUAUAGAAAGUCAAUUUAUUAGAAUCCAAUUUUCUUCUGUUC